UUGUAAGUCGCUUUGGAUAAAAGCGUCUGCUAAAUGACUGUAAUGUAAUGUAACUUAUGAUCUCUCUAGUGCCUCAUGGCCUACCCUGCUAUCAGAAAAAAAGCAGCACUAUUGAAGAAAUAUGCAGGAGUGCUCAGUCAAGGAGAGAGAGAGAGAGAGAUCUAAGUUGUGGAACAGCGCUGGGUUUCAGUGUUGGCUGCAUUUGACUUUGAGGUCAAAUAUCGUCCAGGCGCUACAAAUAGGAAUGCAGAUGCACUGUCUCUGCAACCCACAAAUGACUCAAUAUCUUCAGUAACCCCUGGCAUCCAAGUACCCAAUAUGAUCCGGGAACAAAAGCAUGGGCCACAGAUUCCGCCUCAGGAAUUUGGCGAUUCAAGCUCUCCUAAUUCAUGAAAAGGCAGUUUUACAAGCACUCCAGGAAGCAAUGCUUAGGCAAAAAGCCAAGCUGCCUGUUGAUUUUUUGCUGGGCACCACAGACAACCACUUGGCUCCAGGCUCCACCCACGAUUGGGUAGCAUCAGAAAAGGCUGAAGACUGCAUAUUACCAUACUACGGAUCAGCUAAGAUUGGCAUCUGAACGAAGGAAAAAGCAACCGACCCCAAAUCUAACAGAAAUAUUAGCACCAGGAACCCUUCUACUUGGAUGCAAUACAAUCCAGGAUUUCUGGGACCAGACAAACUAUGAGAUUCUGCACUCUUUGGAUGACAAAGGAAGGGAUUACAAAAUUAGACCAAGGAACAGAGCUGGGCCAGAGAAAAAUAUCAACAUGACGGAGCUUAAAGUUCUUCCUUGUACUGCAACGGCUGACACUCCUGACUGUCCUUCACCUGAUCCGCACAGUCUGCCUCUAGCAGAGGAAAAGGACCUUGAUAUGCCAGAAGAUGAAAGUGAAAUGGGCAGUGUAAUAAUGGUCAACAUGCUGCCUCUAAAUUUUGAAAACUUCCAACUGCCAGCCACAUCUCAUAACUUGCUACCUGACAACCCACCAGCUACAAUACAGCCAGAUCCCCAGUUAAACUGACUGGCCGACCCAUUACAUAAUGAGUCUUCUACUACCUCCCCUGUUCUGGUGAGACGUUCCCAUACUACAGCAGGCCACCACACAAAUCCCUUCAAUCUGCCACAAUCUGUAUGCAGGCCAGUGAAAAACAACAGAGUUAACAGUGAAAAUAACAUUCCUCAGGCAUCCAGCCAACAAGUCUAUGCAGUGUUGAGACCAUGAAGUAACAUCAUAUUUUUGUCACCGGGAUGGGGACCUUUCAAAGUGGGGGUAGAUUUGGGAAGGCAGGUAACAGGCAGCAUAGCAUUAGAACAAACAUGUAGUUAAUGUUUCCCUUCCCAGCAUCAUAGCCAACCUAUUUUAUUGGAAAGGGAGAAUGGGAGGGGCUUAUUCAAGUUAAUCAUUUGUCAGUGUCUGACUAGCUGUCAUACCUAGGUAAUGAUGGCUCGGUAGUCUUCUCGAAAGCACUGGAUACACAACCUGUGGGUUGCUGAAACGUUAAGAUGGACAAACCACCGAAGGAGCAGAAGAUGAGCGACUCUGGGAAGCCCUCAGAACAGCAGCCAGUCACAGCCUGUCUGUUGAGCGCAGCCUUCUUCGGUGCCCUGGGGUCAUCUUUCAUUUACGGCUACAACCUCUCUGUGGUCAACGCUCCGGCUUUGUACAUUAAAGCUUUCUACAACAAGACAUGGAUUGAGAGAUACGGGGAGCCUCUUGCAGUAGAGACGGCCACCCUCCUCUGGUCCGUCACGGUGUCUAUAUUUGCUAUCGGAGGCCUUCUCGGAGCGCUGUCCGUUUCCAUGAUUAUCAAAGUGCUGGGAAGAAAGGGAACCUUGCUGUUGAAUAACAGCUUCGCUCUAAUAGCUGCUCUGCUGCUGACCCUGGGGGAAAGGGCCAAAUCUUUUGAGAUGCUCUUCAUUGGUCGGCUCAUAAUUGGGGUUGACUCUGGUAUAGCUCUCAGCGCCCUCCCCAUGUACCUGGGAGAAAUUACACCAAGACAUAUCCGAGGUUCCAUUGGCCAGUUCAACUCCGUCCUCAUCUGCUUGGGAGUGUUCACGGGACAAGUGCUGGGGCUGCCCGAGCUGCUGGGUCAGGAAACCAGAUGGACCUACCUGUUUGCCUUCCUGGCGUUGCCGGCAAUGCUGCAGCUGUGUGUGCUGCCUUUCCUCCCCGAGAGUCCUCGCUACCUGCUGAUAGAGAGGAGGGAUGAGGCCGGAGCAGAAAGAGCCUUCCAGAGGUUUUUGGGAAAGAAAGAUGUAUCCCAGGAGCUGGAGGAGGUCCAUGCGGAGGCUCGGGCUCAGGAAAACCAACACACCGCCUCCGUGUUACAGUUGCUGAGGAACCCAGCUGUUCGCUGGCAGCUCAUCACCAUCGUCGUCAGCAUGGCCUGCUAUCAGCUCUGUGGCCUCAACGCUAUCUGGUACUACACCAGUGGGAUCCUUCGGGAGACAGGCUUGGCAGAGGACAUUAUCCCCUAUAUCACACUGAGCACCGGGGCCAUAGAGACUAUGGCUGCCAUCGUCUCGGGCUUAGUGAUAGAACGAAUUGGGAGGAAGCCACUUCUCAUCUUUGGUUUCUCUGCCAUGGCCGUUUUCUUCAGUUUACUCACAGUGUUCCUCAAUUUCCAGGACAGACUGUCAUGGAUGCCCUACCUCAGUUACAUCUGUAUUCUGGCUGUGAUUGCGUCCUUUUGCUCUGGGCCAGGUGGCAUCCCAUUUGUCUUGACCGGAGAACUGUUUGAACAGUCCUACCGACCUGCCGCCUUCAUGAUCGCUGGCAUAGUAAACUGGCUGUCCAACUUUGCUGUCGGCCUCCUGUUCCCAUUCAUUCAAGAGAAGCUGCAGUCUUUCGCCUUCAUGGUGUUUGUGGUGGUCUGCGUCUUGGGAUCUAUCUACCUCUAUGUCGUCCUCCCUGAGACCAAAAAUAAAACAUUCAUGGACAUCAGUCAGAGCUUUGCCAAGAUCAACAAAAUCCCUGUCCCCUCCCCUGGCCAUGAAAUGGAGCUGGUUCUGUCCAGUGAGCCUGACAUGAAUGGAAAAGUCCAAGAUGUCGUCAAGAUGGAGAGUUCCUUCUAGCCGAACAAACAACACAAAUUGUGGAGAAACAAGGUUUAAAUUUAAACUAGAAGUAUUUGUUGUUGUACAUAUUUAUUUAAUGACCGUGGUCAAUGAAAUGAAAUCAGUGAUCAAAUCUUUUGUUUAAAUGUAUUUCUGU